CUUCCACCCGAUCCUUUGUUCCAAACGCACGUCGAUACUUACUGCCUUCUACUUAGUUCUAAUCUAGCCUCUGCGACCUUUAAUUUUCAAGACCAAGUAUUCUGUUUUUACUUUUGUUUUGCAGCUCCGCUUUUUCAUCUCAGCUGCAUCGACCAACACGAUCGUGACGAGCAGUUGCCACUUGAUUUCACGGGAUAAACUCAGGCUAGUAUGUCUCAAUCCGAAACUGCCUCCAACGGAUAUUCCGGUGUCUUCUAUCAUGCUGCAUUGAGAAGAUUCGAAGAGAUCGCCAAUGACGAUGUCGAAAUGAAGGCACCACUCUCUGAACGUACAAGAUUCGUGGUGAUUGAUACCAAUAUUGUUUUGCACCACCUUGAUUCUCUCAUUCAAUUUGUCGACGACGUUGAGUAUCAAAAAUUACCAGUCGUUGUGAUUGUCCCCAACAUAGUGACUAGGGAGCUGGAUACGAAGAAAGGAACGUCUUGGUUCGCGCGACAUGCCUCAAGCUGGCUGCUCAAGAAGUCGCGAGAGCGAAAGGUAGUCAAAGGACAGGCCAUGCAUGAAACUGACAAUCGUCAUGGGCUGCCGAAAACAAACGAUGACAGAAUUUUACGUUGCGCCAUCUAUUUCAACCACAUCGGACAGACCUAUCUUUACAGCGGAGACAACAAUUUGUGCAUGAUGACUGAGCCCGAGCAUAUCAUCACGAUUACCCCAUCUCCGCGAAUCUCUAGUCGGGAUAUAGCUAAACUCAUAAAUUGGGACGGAUUAGUUGAUCUAGACAAAUUUGCGGAAUGCCACAGGACGUAUAGCAAAUAUUCUACCAUUACUUCGCAGGAAUCGACCAUCAACGAAGACAGCAUGAUGAUGGAUGUGGAUGGAGAGGUCAAGCAGUCGGAGCUUGACUUUAUCAUCUCCCGUGCCGACGCAAAAACCUCCCUUCAUCUCCAAAUCGUCGACCAUUUCACUGCCUUGCUUGCGGAACUCGUAAGUCGCAUUCAUGGCGUAAACCCCUUACUCGUGGAUGGUGCAUCGCUAUCCAUCCACGCUCCAAAAAUGGUCAGAUCGGCCGCAAUGAACGAGCCUAGAAACAAGAACUACGCGGAAUGGACCGCGACUGAACUCCUGGAUCACUUGGAAAGGAGGAAAAGUGUACUGCCCGCAGUCAAACCUUAUCUCGGAGUUUUCCUCACCAAGCCGUACUACGGACCCUACACAGGCGCCCGGCGAGGAGAGGAUUGGUCAACCAAAGAUUGGCAGGUUUCUUUGUCUGGAUUGAGGCAGAUUGCGAAGGCAUGGGGAGACCAAUACAUUCUAGAGUCUCUCGACGAGGUUGAAAAGUGGCAUCUACAGAAAGUGCUCUUUGAAUAAAUCCGAUUCGUUUUCGGCCAAUUAUUACCUAGCGACCAGCUUCAUUCUGUCGCCAGAAAUCUCCA